AUGUCUCAGGUGGAUAAUCGGAAUUCGUCAGCUGGCAAGCGUGCUCGAACCGAUGGUGGUCGGCGAGAGGAUGACUGGACAUGUCCUAGCUGUGGCAAUGUCAAUUUCUCAUUCAGGACAACAUGCAACAUGCGGAACUGUGCUCAGUCAAGGCCUGCAGAUCAUAACACGAAGUCCGCGCCAAAGCCUCUGCAGGCUCCUCCACCUUACACAUCUUCAGCUGGUUAUAUGGGUUCAGCUAAUCCAACUUCACUGUAUCUUGGUGCUCCUCCAUAUGGGUCUUCUCUUUUUAACGGGCCACAAUUUCCUCCUUAUGAUCUACCUUUCUCUGGAGGUUCCGCUUAUCAUUAUGAGUAUGGCAACCGCCUUUCUGUUGGUAGCCCAUAUGGGCCAAUGCAUAUGCCUGGACCCCCUCCUUAUUCCAGUGGAUCUAUGAUGGGAGCAGGUGGUAUGUAUGGGAUGCCUCCUCUGGUGGACAGAUAUGGCUUGGGUUUGCCGCCGAUGGGUCACGGUAUGAUGGGGGCAAGGCCUGGAACAUAUCCUGAUGAGAAUUGUCAAAAGAAGGCUGCAGGUGCUGGACGCGACAGUGACUGGACAUGCCCUAACUGUGGCAACAUUAACUUCUCCUUCCGAACUGUCUGUAACAUGAGGAAGUGCAAUACCCCAAGGCCUGAGACCCAGGGUUCAAAGUCCGAGAAUUGCAAAGGCUCCAAACCAAAAAUGCCAGAGGGCAGCUGGAAGUGUGAAAAAUGCAACAACAUAAACUACCCAUUCCGGACCAAGUGUAACAGACAGAAUUGUGGUGCAGAAAAACCGCCUCAGCCAAACAAAACUCAUGGGCUGACAUCCGAUGAGGAUGAUCAGUGAGUCCUAGAACAGUUAUGAGGGUCGAGAAGGUCCACAGUCAUCGUCGGCAUUGCAGGCAUAUGAUGUCUGAAAGGUCAGUCAUGUGUCGUAUAGUUGCAGCGGUUGUUAUGAGUUUCUCCACCCUCUUGAGAUCUGAGUCAAAUUGUUGUACUAGUGGCAAUGAGUCUUAGCCAAUUUGCAACUGGUAUCUUGGCAUGUUGGGUAUUGACAGACUUUUUCCUCCAAGAAUGUCAUGUGUGGGCCUGUCACAUUCUGGUGGCAUUUGCAGGUUGGUUCGCUUUUCUUGUUGCUUCAGAAGACCUUUGUGUUUCGAUUUGAACUUUUGUCUGUUCUGGUGGACUAUGUCUUAGAUCCUCUAUAUCUGUUAUAUACUGUCGGUGUUUACUGAUGGACUCCCCUGGGGAUGUCUCCAUCAGAUAUUUGGAGUUAAUGGUUUUGUUCUCAGUUGGAUAGAUUUGUGUUUGUUCUUUCUUUGCGUAUAUUUGUCCAGUGGGUUGUGGCUUCUGCACUUUCAAGAUCUGGAGGCUUGUAGUUUUACUUGUUUACUAAGCUUUCAUCCGUUUCCUACUUGGUAUUUUAGGAAAAUUCUUUGAUUUGCUGAUGUCAAAAUUGUGCCAGUACAAGAUCUGGAUGGGUGUUGUCUGGUUUUUGUCUGUAGUAGUGGAUGAGACUAAAUCUUUGGCUCGAGUUUGCAGUAUUGUAGAAGUUAUUCGUCGUCUGGUGGUCAGGGACUUCAUCCUAACUCAAUCCACAGAACUCCCUUUUCUAGCUUUUGCAUUGUAAAUCUUGAAUGUCAUUCAGAUUGGCUUUUGAUUUUGCAAGUAACCUGGAUCAUUAUGCACUACCUUUUAAGUUAGACUUUCAUAAAUUCAGGUAUUUUAAGUUAUUAGAAUUAUUUAUAGUGAAAUCGUCUUGUUAUUUGCAUACGAUACCUGUAUUUUAUGCCAUGUCAUAUGCGAAUGUGAAUGCUUUAGAUUGAUGCCUUAGCAACUUUUUCUCGUGGACCAUUAUCUUCUGGCAUCAGGGUGCAGUACUUGGUUUACUCUUCAUAGCUUUUCCUCAGUUUACUUUCCAAUCCUGUCCAUAUGAGUUGUCAUCUGGAUAUACAUUUUAGUCAAUUGUGGCUGUAACAAAUCUUAUGAGUUACUAACUCCUAAAUACUGUUUCCUCUUUUCUGGACUAGGUAACAGUUUAGUUUCUUACAGUCUGUAUUUUAGCAAGAAAAUGGAUGGAUCAAACUAUGCAUUCAGAAUUGUAUUUUACAUGUAAAUUUGUGCAACCAGGAUAAUUUUUUCAA